UGUUGGAUUUGUGUGCUCCACCGAUCACAGAGGCAGUACUCCAUCGUUCGCCGUCCAGGCUGCGUUUUCCGCCGUCCGCCACCGGUCAAGUGUGCCGUCCAAAUUUUGCUUUCUGCUCCACCGUCCUGGUUACUCUGUCCGCCACAGUCUACGCUUUCCUCAUUGUAUGAAUCACAGGGAGUUCAUUCUUAUGGUCACCUGGAAGCUGUGUGCUUGUUGAUUCAUUAUCAAGUCAGCGUCAACGGAAGAGAACAAGAAGCAAGAAUCAUGAUAGUGACCAUGACUGAACAUAAAAUCAAGCAAAUGUUGUCCCUCCCUCCAUUCUGGUGUGCUUCCAGAAUAUUCGUUUCCUCCAGUCCAAUUGUGCCAGCUGGUUGGUUUGUUACACCCAUUACCUCUCUUACACAUAAAACCCUUCAAUUAACUGCUACUUUGACUUAUUAUUCCUAAUCCUAGGUCGUAACAUUCCCCUACUGCUAUCCUUCAUUCUUCUUUCAUACACCCGCAUAACUGGAAGAGGUAUGUCUGUUUCCAAAUCUAUUCUUCUUUUAUCUUGAAAAUAGGGUGUAUUUGUGAUGCAUGUUAUCUCCUUGUACAAUGUGUAGUCCAAUAAGUGAAAAAAAUGGCAAACAAAAAGCCCAAUUUCAUGCUCUCUCUUGCUAUUUCCAACUCCGUAAUUUUUGUUACUUGAUUGAUUGGUAUACUUGGGAUCUUUGCUGCUAGUUCUUUUCUCUGUUGUGUUAAACUUGAAAUACAUAAAAAGUACCCAAAAGUGCAGCUAACAAGCAGCACGAUACAUUAUACCCUGAUAGUGAGUGUAAUAGUAGGACAUUUCCCAUCUAAAAGUUCGGGAGUAUGAAAUUGUUAGAGAAAUAUAAAAUAUCAUGAAAAGGACCUACACUUAACAGCUUAAGCUUUUAUGUUGAAUUGGUUGUUUUAUAUGGUAUUAGAGCCUCCGUGCAUGACUAUGGGAUUAUGAGUUCAAUCCUCACUGUCGCUAAUUCUAUUAAUAAAUAAUUAAAUAUCGUGAAAUUUCUUAGUAUAGGUAUGAGCCUAAUGCAUUAUUCACCUUUGAAGCCCAAUGGACUCUUGUGGGGAGGAGGUGUAGUAGAGAAAUAUAAAAAACCAUUAAAAAGACAUUCACUUAAUAACUUAAGUUUUUAGGUUGAAUUGAUUGCUUUACAGAAAUAAAUAAUCAUUUCAGAUAUGUAGAGGUCGGACAGCUUUGAGGCAUUGUUAAUUCUUCUUUGUUCGCUUUUGUCUUUUGUUUUCUUUCUUUUGGAGGAUAUGGAAUCCUCUUGUUUUAAUUUUUUUUUUUAGAAUAUCUUGAAGAUAUCAUAUAAUAUCAAGAUUAUAUUCUUAAUAUAUUUUAAAGUAUCCUAGAGGUUCUCUUAGGAUUGGUUUCCCCAUUUCCUUAUAUUUCAUGGUUUGUUUUCUUAUUUUAGGAGUCACCAUCACAUCAACCACUCCAUUUCACAUCAUAGUACAUAAUAUUCCAUCUCUAUUAUGUCCUUGAGCAUUCAUUCCUCUAUAGCUAAAUUCCUAUAAUUUCAAUAUGGUAUCAAAGCAGUAUCCUCCUCCUCCGUGACCUGUCCUAUCACUAUUCUACUGCUGCAUUCUCUAAAAUCCAGAGCGCUACAUGUUUGACCUUGCUCUUGAACAGAAGUACAUACAUAUUAUAUGCCCUUCUUUUCUUUUAAUUUUGUCAAAUAAUGUCUUCCAUUUUCAGGUAGUGGAUUCUCUGAAUUCUAACUCCAAUAGCAGAAAUGAUAAAGCUUUUUCUCCCGUCAAGAAAUUUCUGAUGCAGUAUUAUUAUGACAGAUAUACGAACUUACAUGAUUCAGAUUUUGAAAAUUUCAUGUCUCAAGAAGUCCCUUUUGGUUUGUGUGAAGUGCUUCCAGAUAAUCAUAAUUUCUUGUUGAGAUUGUCAGUUCUAAAGCGCAAUAUUAUUGGUGAAGGUUCUCAUCGAUCUGUGUCAACAUUAAUCAAAUUUCAAACCCAACAGUCGAAGUCUUUGUCUGAACUUUUAAGGUAUUCAUGUGAAUUCAUCAUUAUUGAAAGACUGCCUUCUGGAGUUUUUGCUGAUCCAUUUGAAUUACAACGUCUUGUUCAGCGUGGUGUGUUCAAUGAUAUCGCUGUUUUUGGUGAUACAAAUCUGGAGCUGCCUUCAUUCUUGUCUAAUCGUUCUGCUGUUGAAAUCCACUUAGAUGUUGACCCAAAUAUACUGCUAGCAAGUGAUAUCAAAAUAGAGCUUCCAUUGCAUGCACGAUAUCAACCUCUGAAUGAGAGCGGCUACUCCACAGUUGAAUUUGGUUCACCGGAUAUGUUAGUGCGCUGCAGCACAAAGGAAAACAUGGAAAAUCGCAAUUGCUUCUUCAAAUUAAAAAUUGAUGAUGCUAAUCUAUACGAUGCUGGUAUUGUUUGGAGUAUACCUUCUGGAAGAAAGGCACAUGCUGACGUUGUUUCUGGAGUUACAUUUAUUGCAGCCUUGUUAUCAACUUUUGUAAUUGUUGUCACAUCGUUACAUUAUUAUAAUAGCGUAUUAAGCAAAUAUUUAAAACAAUCUUAAAUGUUUUUUGAAAUGUAUUCUUACUGC